AUGCUUGCAAAGUCUUUAGGAUCAAUUCCUGAAGCUAGAGAGGAAUACAUUGGAUCCUCGGUCAUUGAGCGAACUAGCCGUCUCCAUACCUUCAACGAUGUUGGCCCUGCCGAUUUGUGCAAUAUCCACAAGCAAAGCGCUACGUCUAAGACAGAACUCGGUACGUUUUUGUACUACACCGGCGUGGACACAUCCAACUCGGCGUCCAUUGCUGCUCACUUGCAAGGUUUGGCCACGUUGAUCACAUCUAAGUCUCAGUACUGGUUUGGCGAGAAAAAGCACUGGAAAGUGCCUGAAUUGACCUACUGCUCUUACAAUGCAUUCUCUAAGGUGGACAUGCGGGUCACCGUACACAUUCCUGGAAAGUUUGAGAGCACAGUUGUGGGCAGUGACGGAAAGUUGAUCCACGAGAAGCUUUCCGAUUCGGAUUUGGACAGAAUGUGGUUCGAAACGUUUGUGUGCUCCAUUGUCCGGUGCUUGCUUGACUCUGACGAGGAUGACGCCAACCGUGUUGGUGGAUUGGUGGAGAUUCGCAGAGAGAACCCUUUCAACAACGGUAAAGUAUCAAAGGAAUUGUUAGCCAACUUUGUUGCAGGAUUCGAGAAAUUGUUCUGGGAGGGGCCUAAAUUGGGCUGUGGAGUAGAAGUUCCACAACCAAGUCUUAUCUCCAACUAUCUUGUGGAUGGCUUCCUCAAGUGUGUUGAAUUGACGCAAAGCUUCGACAUGGCGUUGGACGUGUUGCGCAGGCUAGAACAGAGGGAGCCGGAGGUGGCGACGUUAAUUGCUCGUGUUUUGCUUUUGAAGGAUGAGGAGAUCCAGGCAGUUCAGGUGAUGGCGGAUGGGAUUGCUAAUGAUAAGCGCGAUUCAGAACUAUUGUUGUUACAGACUCAGUUCUUGAUGGAUAAGAAGAGAUAUGACUUGGCGUUAUACUCGGCGAAACAGGCAGUUAAGUCCUCGCCCUCUGACUUCAAGACUUGGUCCGUGUUGGUCAAAGUUUACACGAAGUUGAAUGACUUUGAAAAUGCCUUAUUGACGUUGAACUCGUGUCCCAUGAACUCACACAAGGAGAAGUUUAUGUUAAAGCGGAUAAUCCCCUUGAGAGGAGGUGCCGAAGAUUUGCACUUGCCGUCGCCCGUGGAUGUGACCUUAGAUGAGGUUUCCAACUUGCAGAGCUCCUCUAUAGCCAUCGAGCAAAAGAGUCUUGAUCCACAACUUGCCAACUUGCCAGCAGCCAACUUGAAGUCCACAUUUGCCAAUGCCUAUGACUUGCUUACUGAAAUUGUCAUCAAGACGGGCUGGGAGGCCUUGUUGAAGCACCGUGCGAAGGUUUUCGUUAUGGAGGAAGAAUACCGUAAGGAUAAGGGUAAUCACACUAGAAACAACUCUGUUGUGUCGCAGGAAGCGAUUGACACAAACGGGUCGAUAGCUACAACGGAUAACUCUUCCACACUUGCGGUGAAGUCGCCAAAGAAGGAAGGCAAUGGAAAUGCUGAAGAAAGUAUUGAAGAUGAUUUCAAGAAAAAGAGAUUGUGUGAGAGGUGGUUGGACAACUUGUUCAUGUUGUUAUACGAGGAUUUGAGAGCUUACACCAUGUGGCAGGCCGAGUAUGUACAUUUCCAAGCUCAGCAAAUGGAAUACAAGAAGACCACUUUGGAGUGGGAGAUCUUGGGUCUGAUAGCUUUCAGACUCAAGCACUUCAAAGAGGGCUCCAUAGCGUUUACAAAUGCUUUGAGUGGCAGAUUCUCAGCUAAGGCUCAGAGAGAAGUUUUGAAGUACUACCAGAUGGAACGUACCAAGAUCUUGUCCAAGUCUGCUACUGGGGAAGCAUCUGCUGCUGUCGCACACAACUACGCAAAAGCCGUCAACCAGCUCAACGAAAAGGUGUUGGAAAGCUGUAUCAAGUUGUUAGUGUGGAACCACAGGUGGUACAACGACUUCUCUCCGAAGUUGAUCAAAAUCUUGAGUGACUUGGUCGCCAAAGAAGGGUUGAUUAAGAUCCAGUCGCUUGUUCAGGCUGUGUACUCCAACAACAUUAAUCAUUCGGAAGGUAUGGCCAAUCACGGUAUCACGGACAUGAUGGAGGACUUGUACACUUUCUUCAGGGAGUACAAGCUCAACGGAACUGAAAACUAA